UCCGUUCCGGCGCUCUCGGCGGCUCCGCUCGCGCCCCUCUCGCCAUGCCCUGCUCCGAAGUGACCCAAGUCGCCUCCCCCAGCAAGCGGGCGCGGCCGGCGGUGGAGGAGCCCCUGCGGCUGCGCUUUGUGCGGCUCUCGGAGCACGCGACCGCCCCGACCAAGGGGUCCCAGCGCGCCGCGGGCUACGACCUGUACAGUGCCUAUGAUUAUACAGUACCACCAAUGGAGAAAGCCCUGGUGAAAACCGACAUUCAGAUAGCUCUUCCUUCUGGGUGUUAUGGAAGAGUAGCUCCUCGUUCUGGCUUGGCUGCAAAACACUUCAUAGAUGUUGGAGCUGGUGUCAUAGAUGAAGACUACAGAGGAAAUGUUGGUGUAGUAUUAUUUAAUUUUGGCAAAGAAACAUUUGAAGUCAAAAAGGGUGAUCGAAUUGCACAGCUCAUUUGUGAACGCAUUUUUUAUCCGGAAAUAGAAGAAGUUCAAGAUUUGGAGGACACAGAAAGAGGCUCAGGAGGUUUUGGUUCCACUGGAAAGAAUUAAAAAUUGCUUCAAGAAUAGAAAGUGAGAAGAUGUUAUUUUUUUGUUUAAAAUAAUAAAGUUUUUUGUUUAAACUGC